AACAUUAGGGUGCUUCGUAUAAUUAUGACAAGAAAUGUGGUUCAGUCAUUUUUGGGUGAUUUUUAAUAACCAAAUCACAACCAACUACUCCAUUUUGAAUCACAAAAUCACUCUAUCUAUAUUUGGCGCGAAAAAUUCUUGGUAUAAUCACCAGUGAAAAUGUUCCCUUUUCAGGGUUUUAUGGGCAUGUAUUUCUAUAACCUAGGUAGAGAAAACUUUCCAUUUUUAUUCGCUUUUAGAAGCUUUUCCUCUCAUCAUCGACAACUUAUUGACAGCAGUAUAUGGAAACUCCAAGAAGGGAAUUUUCAGACCAAGACUUCAAAGCAUCCAAACGCAUAUGUAUACGGUUUCCAAAGAAUGGUUCAAACGUUUCCCUGCUGCAAAUAUUACAGAAUUUGGAUGGAAAGAUUACUGCCCGGCAGUUUUCAGGCACAUUCAAGGGCUUGACAAUAUUGAAUCUGCUAACUACGUAUUAUCCGUAUGUGGUAUUGAGACAUUAGUGGAGCUCUGUUCACUGGGAAAGAGUGGAAAACUGCUUUAUUUGUCUCAUGAUGAUCGGUUUGUGGUAAAAACUAUCCGCAAAACUGAAAAAAAGGCACUCUUAGCAAUGCUUCCGAAGUACGUUGAUCAUGUACAAACAUUUGGGAGCACAUUGCUAACAAAGUUCUAUGGACUUCAUGUGGUGAGACCAGUUGGGGGUACAAAGAUAUACUUUGUUGUAAUGGGAAACAUACUUCAGACAGAUUUAUAUCUGCACAGACGGUUCGACCUUAAAGGCUCAUCUCAAGGACGGUCCAUGAAUAAAGUGACAAUUGAUGAAGCUACAACAUUUAAAGAUCACGAUCUCAAUUUAACUUUCUUCCUCAAUCCCUUAACCCUCCAUUGUCUAUUCACACAGAUUAAGAAAGACUGUAAAUUUUUGGAGGAAGCUGGCAUCAUGGGUUACAGUCUUCUGCUAGGAAUACAUAUUGAAGCUCCUACAAGAGGAUCAACAAAUGGACGAAGUCUUACUACUGGGAAUUCAUUCCCUCCGGAUUCGUCGUGGAGACAAGGGAGCACUGAGCUAUUACUUGACGACAGCGAGAAACUUACAACAGCACAGCUGAUGGUUUUGAAUAAACUACAGGAUAAGCUGCCUAUACACCAAUGAAUCAGCUGGUGAAUCUAAGUUAAUUUAGGUCUGAUGCGAAACUUGGGUUUAAAACACAGGCACGUGCUGUACCUAAAAAUGAAGUCGGAAGUGCUGCACAAUCUUUUAACAAUGUGAGACUGUUUUUUGGAAUCAUAGAUAUGCUUCAAGGGUAUAAUGUAGUCAAGCGUCUAGAGCAUGCAUACAAAGCACUCCAGUUUGAUUCGCGAAAAAUUACUUCAGUAAAUCCUAAGGUUUAUUCUUCCCGUUUUCAAGAAUAUCAAAGCAGUGUUUUUGAGGCAGAUGAAAUGAAAUUUCGGGGAUCCUUCAAUUAGUUAAUGAUUUACAAGUUACGGCAGUAAUUGCUUAUGUAGAUCUGCUAGGAGGAAUGGUGAUGGGAUCUAGGAUUCUGGAUGACGUGCCAAAUGUGUGCUGCAAAUACCAAAAAGAAAAGGGAAGAAUGUUGAAUAUGCACUUGGCAAGAAGCCAUCUCUGUGUCAUAUGACUCAUAUCGUGGAUGCGCAUGUCCUUCGUUUUGCUCUCAGCUGAAUUGUCAAAGCCAUUUGUAUCAUCGUGUGUGUAUAUUGGUGGUGGCUAAGUUGGCUUGAAACUUAGAAGGUGAUGGCACCCCAUAUAGAACUUGGAAGAUGAAUUUUUGUAACUAUCUUAAAUUUUCAUGUUAAAAUAAUUUAUUUCUGAUGUUUUUUAGAUUAUAAAAAGUUACUGUUUUUAACUAA